UCGGUUGGGUAUAACCAGGCCCGCCGACAGGGGGGGACAAACGGGUACGUUGUCCCGGGCCCUGGACUGGCCCUGGAAUGGGGGGGGCCCAUAACUGGACCCCCAUGAAGUUGGGAUUAAUCAUUGUAUGUAUACUUCAAAAUGUGUUGAUUUAGAGAAGAAAAGUGCUUUAUUUGCAUUCAUUUAAUGACUCCUAGAUUGUUUGCCUUCAUUGCCCUUGAAAAAACGGCCAAUAACCCCCUAUCACCCCUAUGCCAAAAUGGUUUGGUCUUUGGAGAAGAAAAAAGACGACAUCAUUCCAUUAGUGGUCAGUGCGCGAGUUGAUUCAACAUGCACAAGUCAGGAGCCCUGAAAAAAAAAGAAAGGCGAAAAAGAGAGGAAGAAGCCGAAAGCCUGAGGGGAUCUCUUUAUAAAUAUUUAUAAAUAUUUCAGAAAAGACUCAGGUGAUGCUGCAGCCGGUACCAGUAAAGGCAGCUGUGCAGCACAGCCAGUGUUAACAAACCCCAGGACUACUACUGCCACAAUGUUGAAAGCGGAAUAUGAAGCGGUAGUUAACCAUGGGAGGCUGAAGGGGAUCAUAAUGUGUGGAUAUCCCGCCAAAUAUGCUCUCAUCUUCCUUCUCCUCGCACUCUCUGUUUUCUUGUUCCUGCUGUGCAACAUUCCCACUCUCGAGAACCUGGGCUGGCAGACCAGCAGCCACACAGCCUUCCCCCAGAUGAGGUCCGCCCCUCCGUACCAAGCCAACACCUUCUGCAGCCACAUGGACCUGGAGCCCCCCACCCCCGACGAAGCCCUGGAGGAUCACUACCUCCUCAAAGCCAUCGCCUGGCCCAAGCUCCCCGCCCGCCCCGCCCCUGCGCCCCUUUACCAGACCAGCGACCCUGUGCACAGCCUGUUCACCAUCCUGCCCUCAAAGGGCCAGAAGGAGUGGCAUGUUGGGGACCAGCUGGAGGCCCUGGUCCAGAUGCACAACUUCCAGGGCAGUCCCAAGCGCUACGGCGGGGACUUCCUGGUGGCCCGGCUGCACUCCCCGAUGCUGGGGGCCGGGGUGGCGGGUAAGGUAGUGGAUCACCUCAACGGCUCCUACUCGGCACUGUUUCCCCUGCUGUGGGGGGGCUCGGCCCAGGUGCAGAUCACCAUGGUGCACUCCAGUGAGGCUGUGGCCGUGCUGCAGCGGCUCCGCGAGGAGCGGCCCAACCGGGUCUUCUUCAAGAGUCUGUUCCGCUCGGGCAAGCUGUCCGAGACCACCACGUGCAUCCCGUGCCUGCCGCCUGAUUCCGCGCAGCAGCCCCUGUGCAACUACACCAACCUCCACACAGGGGAGCCCUGGUACUGCUUGAAGCCUAAGCUGCUGAGCUGUGACACCAGGAUCAACCACGCCAUGGGUGGCUACGAGAAGCCCCUCUACACCAACCAAGAAGCGCUGCUAUUUCAGAGCCGUCUAAACCUCAAAGUUGUCAUCCCUGCGUCAGGACCUGAUCGUAUCAACGUGCUUCCUCAGAAGAUAGAUGAAACAGAGUUAGAAAACAGCACCAUCAAAGCAGAGCCGGACAAGUACACCCCUUCUGGCUAUUACUACCAAGGCACUUGGAGGCCUCUCUGUGGAACUUCUGUUCGCCAGUUUAACGACGCUUCGACCAUCACGCAGUGCCUUACUGGCAAGGUGAUCCAUAUGUACGGAGACUCCACGAUGAGGCAGUGGUUUGAGUACCUCAGCGCAUUCAUACCAGAUUUCAACCUGCACCGUUCAAAGAAGGUUGGCCCCUUGAUGGCGGUGGACUUUAAAAACAACAUCCUGAUGAACUACCGCUGUCACGGUCCACCCAUCAGAAUCCUCCCUGUCAGCACGAGCGAGCUACGCUACGUCGCCAAUGAGCUGGACGGCCUGGCCGGAGGCCCCGACACCGUGGUGGUCUUCAGCAUCUGGGCCCACUUCACAUCCUUCCCUAUUGAGGUCUACACACACCGCAUGUGGCACAUCUGCCAGGCGCUAGUACGGCUCCUGGACCGGGGCCCCGGAACCCUCGUGAUAAUCCGCUCUGCUAACUUUGUGGCCAUGGACCAGACGACGAGCAAGCACAGCAGCGACUGGUUCUCACUGCAGAUCGACAAGGUUCUCAGGACCAUGUUCAAGGGCCUGGGUGUUGUGUUUGUGGAUGCCUGGGAGAUGACCUUAGCCCAUCAUAGCCCCCACAACAUCCACCCGCCCCCGCCCAUCAUCAAGAACAUGGUGGAUCUCAUCCUGUCUCACGUUUGCCCUGACAAGAAGAAGAGCUGGGCUGAGAGUCUGUCGCGUUCACAUCUAGCGUUUUUUUAAAUCUGCCAGCGCUUGUUUUACAUUAUAUUCCUAUGGAGCAGAGCGUUUCUGGAAAAAGUCACGGCCGCUUUUUUAAACGCCUCUCCCAGCGUUUUUU